GCGGUGCGACUUCCCCACUUCUGCCCCCACUAUGUACUUUUUUACAUCCCUGCUUACGUUUGGCUGGCAUAGCCUAAUUUCCGCAUUCCCAAAUCCUCCCAGAUUGGGAUCACGUUUAAAAAUCGGGCUGAUGCAACGAUUUCCACUUUUUAAAAUCUACUCUCGACCCUCGGCUGACCAGAAGAAAAGACAUUUGUUACACCUGGGAUCAAAGUCAGCUGUGGUCACGACCGAGUCUGACGCGAUGCCAGGACAAAUCCCAGAUCCCUCUGUGACAGCAGGCUCCCUGCCCAGCCUGGGCCCACUAGCUGGGAUCUCAGCCACCACGCUGACUGACAAGCUCAAAUUUGGUGACCUCCAGGAGUUUGGAACAAUGCUGUCACCUCUGCACUUCUUGGACAGUCUGGGGAAAAGGCCCCUAGUCAUCAAGACUGAGAGAGAUGAAGAAGAAGAAAGGAGGAAACGAAGGCGAGAGAAAAACAAAGUGGCUGCAGCACGAUGUCGAAACAAAAAGAAAGAGAGGACAGAUUAUCUACAAAAGGAAUCGGAGCGACUAGAGAUGUUAAACUCUGACCUUAAAGCCCAGAUUGAGGAGCUGAAACUGGAGCGACAGCAACUGAUCCUCAUGCUUAACCGCCAUCGUCCCACGUGUAUUGUCAGGACAGACAGUGUCAAAACCCCGGAGAGCGAGGUGAACCCCUUGCUGCUGCAGCUGGAGGCCAAGUGAAGGUGCAAUGAGUUUUCUACAGUUUACAGUGGACAAGAAGCAGCCAACAAACAGCACUUAACUUUGGGCCUCGGUCAUGGAGGAGAACCAGCCAAGCCCUCCUACCUUAAGUCACAGAGCAUUACACCACAACAUGUGGAUCCAAUAAGAUUGGACACUGUUUAGGCCGUUAAAUCAAACUUUUUUUUUUUGUCUCUCUCUUGCUUUCCUAUUUAGUUGUCAUUUUUUGUCAUCAGAGCCUCUAUCAGUAUGAAGGUAAACAAUUAACAUAACACAGCUAUCAGGCAAAUAACUUUACAUUUCUGACUACAGUUUGUUGUUUUAUGGUGGAUUUGUCUCAUAUGUCUGCAUAGCUAAAUGUAGACAUACACACGCUUCAACACCUUUCCAGUGGUUAGUUGCAAAAAAAUUCAAAAACACAUGGAAAAUGACUCAGCUCAGUAAAUUUAGUCAUUCAUCUGGUUAUUUACUGGCUACAUUCGAUUCUACAGUUUUAUAGAUGUCUGUAUGUAGCCAAAUUACAUAUAAUUCAAUUACUGUUUCCUUAUGAGGCAGGUGUAAUAGCCUUGAAGAACAAUGGUUAUAUAUGUGAUCUGGCUACAUAUGGAUGUUCAAAAGGCAUUCUGGGAAUCAUAGUACGUUUCUAUAAACAACUAGAAGAGCACAGUUGGGGGGAAAUGGGUGAACUUACACCAAAAUAAAUUCAUUAAAAAAACUGAGUGAAAUAGAAAAAUAUAACUACUGGAAUGAUCCUUUGAUUUGCUCAUGCAAUUGAUGGAAAAACAGUAAUUUGACAAUAAUUCAGAAGAUGUAUAGACAAAGUCAGAAUCUCUCCUCUCUGAUUGUCUGGUCAUUUUUAUUCUAUGAUACAUUUGAUGGAAGAACAGGUUUUCUUGUUUUCCUGUUUUCCCUUUUUUGGCGCAGGCGUCAUGUAUGCACACACA